AUGCCACGUCCAAAUCACUCAAAAUCAAAGUCUCGGUUAAUAUUUGAAUUUCCAGCUGUUGGCGGAAUGUUACCAUCAUCGAUAUUUCGAGCUGUUAAACUUAUUCGUUAUGUUACAGUAUUUGAUUAUUUUAUAAUGGCUUGUGAAAUUUUAUUUGUUCUCUUUUCUAUACAGGGUGGCCCAAAAGUAGCUUACCGAAGAAAAAUUUGGAUAUCUGCGCGAUCUUUGGACCAAAUGAACUGA